AUGGAUAUAGAUAUGGGUUCAAUUAUAAAACUAGUUAUUUUGCACACACUCCAAAUCCAAGAAACAUUCUUCGUCCCUUGCGUCAGGUCUCCAAAAUCCCUAUACUUUUCCGACUACCACCGCUCUCUUUUCAUCUCCUCGAGAGUUAAUUGUAAUCACAGGGAGAACGAAAGACCAGGAGUCAAAAAACCUAACCGAAUCUCAUCUUGCGUGUGUUCUGUGAUCGUAUUCUGGUACAUUCCCCUAAUUCUGUAG